AUGAUUGAGUUUGUACUAAUAAGGUCAGUAAAAGUUGGAAAUCUCUCCUCCGGAACAACAGAGCAUAAUAUCAAAGAGUUCUUCUCCUUUUGUGGUGAAGUUGAGAGCAUUGACAUCCAACCUAACGAGCACAGUGCUUAUGUCACAUUCAAAGAUCCUCAAGGAGUAGAGACAGCUGUGCUCUUAUCAGUAGGGUGCGAGUUUUGCCGACCAGUCAGUCAUCAUUGA